UCUGAGCGCGCUCUCUGCACAAGUAACUGCAUCAGUUACUCCAGCCCUCUGCGAACUCCGAUGCUGGGCCAGUGGGCCGCCACUGAGCUGGGAGAGCUCUCGACGGCCGCGUGAUCCCGGGGGUGGGGCCGGUUUCGGAUCCAGUGCCAGCUGCCCACCCCCAGGAGGCCCCACAGCCCUGACAACCUCCGAGAAAGUCCCUCCCCGUAGGCGGAGACAUCGCCAAGAAAUCCCGACCCCGGGGCCUGCGGGGGCUAGUACCCAGAGGCUGCCCGGCGCGGACCGUGAAGUUGUGACAGCCAUGGAGAGCUACAGAGGCUUCUUGGCGCUGCUGGUGUCGGCGCUACCGGUCGGCUUCCUCUCGGUGCUUUUCACCCUCAUCUGGGUCCUCCACUACCGAGAGGGGCUCGGCUGGGACGGGAGCUCGCUCGAGUUCAACUGGCACCCGGUGCUCGCGGUGACAGGCUUUAUCUUCAUCCAGGGCAUAGCCAUCAUCGUCUACAGACUGCCAUGGACCUGGAAAUGCAGCAAGUUCCUGAUGAAAUCCAUCCAUGCAGGGUUAAAUGGUGUUGCUACCAUUCUUGCAGUUAUCGCUCUGGUGGCUGUUUUUGAUUUCCACAAUGCCCAAAGUAUCCCCAAUAUGUACAGUCUUCACAGCUGGGUUGGACUGGCAGCUGUCAUAUGCUAUGUCUUACAGCUUUUCACAGGUUUUUUCAUCUUUCUGCUUCCUUGGGCUCCACCUUCUCUCCGAGAAUUUAUCAUGCCCAUACAUGUUUAUUUUGGACUUUUCCUCUUUGGAACAACGAUUGCGACGGCCCUUAUGGGAGUGACAGAGAAACUAAUUUUUGUCCUGAAAGAUCCUGCAUACCAUUCAUUCCCACCAGAAGGUGUUUUUGUAAACACCCUCGGCCUUCUGAUUCUGUUGUUUGGGGCCCUCAUUUUUUGGAUCGUCUCAAGACCACAAUGGAAACGUCCUAAAGAACCAGAUUCUACUCUUCUUAAAUCAAAUUGUGACACUACAGAGAGAAUGGAAGGUGAUGUAGCAAUAAGCUCUGGCAACAACACAGACAGAUCAGAUUCAGAGUUAAACAAUGAAGGAGCGACCAGGAAAAGAAACUCCGGCCUGGAUGAUGUUGGCCAGAGGUCCACCAUGUAAAAUUUUAUAGAGGUGCAGAAGUAUAGCUUCCACUUUAAAAACCAGCUCUACAAUUUAGCUUCUCCUACUUAGCCAUGAGAUAAUUGAGCUACAGAGUGUCGAUAUUUGUUGUAACCAUCAAGGAGGGUUUCUUGAAAACAGUCUGUGUGGAUUGAGGCCUAUUAACAUUCCUGAAUUGGAAAGGACUUGAUCAAUAUAAUAAUAGCUGAUAAAAUUUGUAUUUGUUGUACCUUUUGCUUGCUGAGGACCAAAGUAUUGGUGCAACAUCUUGCACAGAACAGAUGCUCAAAAUGUGUCUUAUCGGUUGAUUGAUUGAUUGGAUAAACUGGCAGCUUCCCUAGCCUCUUGUCACACUGUCAUUUCCCGUUAAUCCUGGGAGCCCAGUGAUUUCAGAAGUAGAUAGUACGAGUCCUAAAAUUUUAAAAUAAACGGGGUUUAGACCAUUAUGCUACACAGAUGUCAUGACAAGAGUAUGGUUGGGGGAACCUUAGGAAAAUUAUUAAUUCCCUUCUCCCCUGGCAGCCUUCUGCUCCCUCUCCAGUUGGUUUGGGCUUAUGUUGGCCCUGGAUACAAGCAUUUUAUUAGGGCAUUUUGGAGCAGUCAAUGGACCAUAGGUAGUUGAAGAGAUCUUUUCUGGUCAGACUUGGAAGAUUUUCCAGAACUCAGCUUCAGUCCUAGACUUCCCCAGAUUCACCUCUUAGAAAAAAAAAAAAAAUAUGCCUGAAUGCUUAAGUAGCAUAAACUGCUCUACAAAUCUCAAAGAGCGUCUUUUCCUAAGUUUGUUUUUAUUGUUUAAAGUACUUACCUGACACUAUGUGCUAGAUGCUCUUCUAAGCUCCCUCAGCUCCCAUUCAGACCUUAUGGGGUGGUUAUUUCCCCAUUUUACAGGUCAGACAUCUGAAGCCUGGAGAUGUUAAUAACAUGCCUCAACAUGACAGUGCAACUGCCAUUCAAACCCUGGCAGGCCAGCUCCUCAGCCUGGGAUCCCAGUCACUUCACUGUGCUACUUUUCUGUUUAAUACUAAUUUGUACCCCUGAAUAAACCUCAGUUGCUGAAGUGGACUGGAGUGGGGCUAAAGGGGUGUUUCUUUGUGGCCGUCUCCCAGUGAUCCCCCAGAUAGCCAAAGAAUAGGGGCCUCCCAUUUCUGAACAUAGAUGGGAGCCUCUGCUGCUGCCAACAAGUCUUAACCUGCCUCGAUGCCCUUUUAAUCUUAAAAUUGUAUCUUGGCAACAGAGAGCUUUGAGCAAAAACAUAUGUAGCUUGCAAAUUUGAUGAAUUAAUUGCAAUAUUCGUUCUUCAGGAUCUUAGCUGCUGAACAACUUUGUGUUUGGAGAGACCUUUCUCAUGGACUGCCCUUUGCUGGGGCAAAAGCCAAGAUCCUUCCUGAUUUUCAUGGAGCUUCAGGGGCUGUUUUGAGCUUUGGGUUCUUAGUAAUGAAUUGAGACUUAGAGAUGAUAACUUUUUAUGCAUGGAGGCCUCUAUCUAGGCUCUAAACUGACUUAAAACCUAGAGUAGUACCUAUGCUUAUAUGAUGUUUUUUGGGGUUUUGGUUGACUUUUGGCUUUCCUGCAGUCUUAAGUUGAAGCAUUUUAGAAUUCUGUGUGGUGGCAUACACCUCUAGUCCCAGCUGUUUGGGAGGCUGAGGCAGGAGAAUCCUUUGAGCUCAGAAGUUUGGGGGCAUCCUGGUCAACAGAAUGAGACCCUGUCUCUUAAAAUAAAUAAAUAAAUAAAAUUUAAAAAUAUAUAUAUACACUUAUAUAUGUAUGUAUGUAUUUUAAUGUGUAUAAAAACCUUAUAGUUUAUACCAAAUACAUUUAACGUUUUUGGUGCUUAAUGGACUUCUUUUAUAUAAUUGGUAAUUACUUCCAAAGACUGAAUACAAGUUAGACUCUAUCAUAUUCCUUAAAUUUCAUGGAUAAUCAUUCAAGAUUUCCUUGCUAAAGCACUGUUUUCCUCUUAUUCAGUUAAUUCUAUUUCCUAAAUUGUUAAUGGUGUCAGAAGGAUCUGCAAUGCUCAGCCCAAAGCCUAGAACAUGGUAGCACAAUUAAAUUUAGUAUGGGUGCUAAGUGGAAGGAGUAAUUGCAUGUCACACACACAGUUUGAUAAAUAGAUGUUUUAUUACAGGUAGGCACCCCAAAUUCCAAGCUUAUUUCGAGGAGGAGGGAUGGUGACUGUAUCCCAAGAAGUGAGGCUACCAUUUCUUUUUAUAUAGGCCAAGAAAGAGGUGAUCAGUGCACAGCUAAUUAUUUAGCACUAGAAUAGCUCCAUUGCAAAGUAUUUGAUCAUCCUUCAUCUCAACCUUUUAUUUUCUCUCAAUUGGGCUAAUGUGAGGGUAAUCUUAGAUAUUAUAAGGACUUCUUUUCUUUCAUUUUCAGCCUUUAUGAAAAGGAUAUGUAGUAAAAUAUAUCUAGAAAACUUUUCUGUUUGAGAGUCUUCUUUUAAUGGGCUUUUUAUUCUAAGGAUAAUUGCGCCUUUAUCUUUCAAAAGCUGAUAUUUCCUACCUAAAGCAUCUCCACCAAAAAUAUCAUAUUAAAAAGCUCACAAAGAAUAGGGGAGAAGAAAGCUUCAGGUAUCAAUUCCAAAACACUGAUUGAAACUUCCCAAAAUAAUUAUAGCUUACAUCAUCUGCUGAGAUAAUCUGGCUUGACUUACCCCAUAAUCUAAUUGCAAAAGAGAAAGCCUUAUUUUAGCACUCACCUAAAUCAACACGAAAGAAAGCCUUUUCUUUCGAAGGGUUUAUUGAAAAACUCGAAUGAAUAUACUUUAUUGAAUUAAUGUCAUCAAAAGUGUUCGGCUUCCUAUGCUUGUGUCAAACUGAAUCCACCCUCUGAAGUGCUUUCUUCCCUUUACUUAUGUGAUUUCAUUUAAGCUGUGCUGUUCAGAAACCACAUCUCAGACCUUGCAAUGAAAUGACAAAGGAGGCAAUUGCACUUUUUAAGGAGUACUGACAAGUGGUUUGUUUUCUAAAGGACAAGAUAAAUUGUAUGUCUCAUUUUUAAUUAAGCUCUUUUUCCUGCUGGGUUGGAAAUUCCAGCAUCAUACUGACUGAUCACAACCGACAAAUUUAAAGUGCAAAAGAAGGAGUAAAACCUUAUGUCAGUUUUGUUGUAAUGUGAUAGAAUUUUUAUCUUGAUGUGUCCUUUUUUGGAUAAUGCCAACAGAAAACUGUAACUACUAGGUCUUAUACAUAGGAACAUUUAGAGAAAGAAAAUAAGGUACCUGAAAACUUUUAAGUGGAAAAGAAAAUUUCUAUCUUUUAAAUUGUCUUUUUAUCUUUGCACAUUUAUUGAAAAAGAUGAACUAUUUUGAACAUUUUAUAAAUUUGUGGGAAAAGUAUGCAUCUAUUUUUUCUUGACUUUCUAUAUAGUAAUAAAAGGUAUUUUGGAAAUUC